UAAAGAAGCAACUCACAAUCUUCUUUACAGCAGUUACAAGCAAACAAAUCUUCACACUUCCCUCUUUAAAAGUACAUAUUUCCCUUCUUCCCAUAAGCAGUCCUUUUUAAUCAGCAGAUCUAUAAAUCAUGAAUUCAUUUUUUUCUGUUUUCAGCAAAAAGUCCAUAAGAGGUUUCCAGUCUUUAAUGAAAGUACUUGUUGUCUUAAAAAUUCUGAACACAAUCCUUAUGCUAUAGUGUUGAUCCACCUCAAGAUUUAGACUACUAGAUAGGAAUGACCCACUCAAACUCCAGGUCCUCUCGCAUACCCCCAGAAAUUAGACUUGCCCCGACCCUGCUGACCUUUUGCAGGGCACCAGAAACCUGGCUUUGCCAUCGAGCCUGGGGCCCUGAUAGCAUGGGUGAGCCCAUGUCAUGGCUUGUUUGAGUGUUCGUGAGUCUUCUUGGCUGCUUUUUUAAAUGUCCUUUUUGUUGUUUUUAACCCUGAUUGUUUUUUACCGUUUUUAUUCUGUUUUAAUUGUGAGCCACCCAGUCAUGUAUAAGAGAUGUUAGGAGAUGAGUGACUAAACAAACAAAUAAAUAAAUAUCCACCCACAAUCUGCUGUCUCAUCUAUAUUUUUUGAACCGCAGUUAUGAUGGAAAGAGAACAUCUGGUUUUGGUCAAAAGCUUGAAUUUAAUCUAUAUUGUUUCUUUUUCAAUAAAACUAUAACCUUAAUCAAUUUUUAUACUAACUCUGGAACCAGAUUGUUAGCUUUACAAUAGAAGAUAAUAGGCUUGCUCAGGCUCACCAAAUGGCUUCAGGUUUAAUAGGACAUAGUCUUGGUGAACCUUGGUCUUACAUAUUCCCUCAAAUUAAGAUGAACUGAUUAAACUAUUAAUGUAACUGUAAUUAAUGAACAGUGGAAGUUUGUGGGGGGAGGUUAGGUAGGCCUAUGUUAGCCUGAGAUUCAAAUAUCACUAAAUCAUGAUGUAGCAUUAUAUGAAGCACAGCUAAUGGCUGUGGUUAGGCCAAACCACAAUAUGACUUGUUUAUGUGAAAGUACACCUAAUAGUUGAGUUCGUACUUCAUGCCAACUCACAAUGUGAUUUAUGAGAUAUAGUAUAUAAGAGUUGUAAAACAGUUUAUCACUUGGCAUGCACUGCAUUAACAUACUAGCUGGGUUCAUGCAGCAUAGUAAGCUGAAGCUAAGCAAACCACUUUAUAAUGUGUGCUACUGAAUGAUGUGUGUUAUCCAGUUACUGAAUGAGAAUUCAUUCUCCCAGCUGGUACAUAUGCUACUAGUUGUUGACACAUUUUUUUUUCAAUUUUGGGGCCAAGAUCUUUUGUUUUAUUUUCCUUUGACAAUAUAAACAGAUGUAAUUUGGUCAGACUGAGCAGCUGUCUUUGAAGUUGGCAUCUAUGUCUUUAUUCUUGAUUAAGAACAUUUCCUGCUCCCAAAUCUAAUUGGGAAAAAUAUUCUGAAGAAUCAGUGCCUCUGAUUUCCACAGACCUUCUAGUUGGUGUUUGAUCAAUAUGAGGCAAACCCACAUCUGUCCUUGGAUCCAGGUCUGUGUUAUGUCAUUAAUGUUAUAUGGAGCUGGUGGAGAGGCUCUGCAUUUUGGGGUUUUUGUAGAACAUUUCUUCACUGUGGUGGUAGUCCUGGUGUACAUGUACUUUUUGUGCCAAAGACAUUUUAUUCUUAAAACCUGAGGAUUUUAACUUUUAACCCAUGACUUUCUUGCAGUUUGUCAUUUAGAGGUUUGCAUUAUCUGCUGCUCAGUGUGAUUUUUAAUUUUUUUUAAUUCUGCCUUAAAAUAGUUAGCACUGCUUUAUUAUAUCUUACUAAAAAGGUGUUUUAGAAUUUGUUGUUUUAAGUUGAUAACAUUUUUGUGUGUGACAGUUAUGUGUCUCUUGAAGAGUCAGUACAUAGCCAAAUACUUUUCUUAUGUUCAAAAAGCUUAGUUCCUUUAUGUAUAUCAUUCAACAAGCACAUUCUGCUUCUUUAAAUCCCCAUUUAUGUAAAAGAAAUGUGAAAACUCAGGGCACCUGCCAGUACUGACUCAAAAAGCCUCAACUUCUCUUCCCCCUUUUGUUUUCCUAGCUUAUCUUUCAGAUAUUUGCAAAUCUUAAAACAGGUGUUAUAUAAAUAUAGCCUGGAAUUCUGUCUUUUAAAGAAUGUUGUGUAGUAGAGAUACUUCUCCUAAAAUUUGGGAUCAGGGGUUGUUAUACUAUCAAAUAUAAAUCUGUAAAAAUACCAUAUCUUUAUAUAGUCCGAAGAGAAAGCAGAGUAUCUUUAUUUAGAAAGGUAAAUAAUACUGCCUUGCUUGUCAUCUUAAAUGGAAAGUAGUUUGCCUCUUGGAUCAUAAAAACUUCUGUACGCUAUAAUUUUCAAUCUUGCUUUGAUUAUUAUUAGUUUAGUUCCUCCACUUCCUUCACUUGAAGUGGCUAUUGCCAAAGGUGUUCUUGCUAUGUUAAAAUUGCCCUAUUCAGUAAGGCAGAACAUGCAUGAUUGAAGCCAUAGAUGACGUGAGAAUUUUCUUUAGUAAGAAAAAAAUCCAACUUGUAAGAGUUUUGUAACUCUUACAGUUUGUAAGAGACAGUGAUAAUGGAUAUGUUGUUAGUCACAUACAUUGCAGACCAAUGAGCAUUUUAAGUUGGGGUUUGCAUAGUAGAGUUCUCAUAAACUUGUGUUGAUGGUACUGAAAGGGGCUUUUCCUGGUUCCUGGUUGAACAGUUUUUCAACACAGCUUGAAAUCCUGGGAAUUUAGCAAGAUUAGCAUUAAAAAUAAGCCUGUCUGUUUGAAUAGUUAGAGCUAUAUAUAUUUAAUGUCACAUGCACAUUAAUUCAAUCUCAGUGAAUCCCAUGCCAUGAAAAGUUGAAUAAAUUUUUUUAAAAAUUUUGUGUUAUCAUUUAUAUUAUAUGUCUUGUUAUAUCCUGUUAAAUCUGUUGAACAUAAAAGGCUUAGGAGGCUCGUCAAUCCCAUGGAGAACCUCUACCAAAUGCUUCAUUCACUAUCGAACCAUUUUUUAGGGUGAGAUAGCUAUAUUCCUAGGGACAUCAUCAAUGGCUGUUACUGCUUAGCAGUAAUGUUAGCACUGCAGACAUCUAUAUAUGGAUGGUGUAUUCCAUUUUGCUAGUGUUUGCUAACAGCAUAAAUAGAAUUGUAGACUAGAUUGUUAGUAGUCUUUUAGGGAAUAGAAAAUUAAACUUUUAUUGUUAGGGGCACUUUUAUAAUCAGAAAAAAAUGUCCAAGUACCUUGAAUGCUGUUUCAAAGAAAUUCAGACAAGCAAGAUAUAUGAAAGAAUUUUGAAGGCUAAGCUGCAGAUGCAAAGAGAACAUAGAUGGUGAGUUUGGUGCUAAUAUUUUGUAGGGAAGUUAGAUGGAAGACUGUAAUAAUUUAACAGACACUACGUGAAAUUAUUAUAGUUUGGGUUAAGACAGUGAGAAGUGUUUUAAACGUUGGUUACCCCCUAUUUCUGUAUUGAUCUUUGCUUCUGUCAAAAUCAGUGGGUAACUUAACACAAAAUUAUGUGUCACCUUUGAACAUUGUUUAAUUAUUUUGAGAGGUUGAAUUUAACAUCUCUAAGGCUUUCUAGAAGAAAGAAGGAUUGCCUAACACCUCCAUGUAUGAGCUCCUUAGAAGCAGCAUUGAGCAAAUGUAAGAUAGCAAAAGGAAUGGAAAUACCAUCUGUUCAUUUCUUGUCUCCUUUUGAUAUUUCAGAAUUCGCCAGAUGUUGUCAUAUUUACCUUCUUAAGAUAAAGGCAUAAUUUUCCUUUUUAAAAAUAGACACGAGGACACAUUGUUUUAGAACACAUUAUAACAUAUGUGGAAAUGCAUAUGUACAAGCCCUGAGGAUCUGUAGUGUCUAGGUAGUUUUUAAUUUGGCCAAAUCACUUUUCACAUUAUCAUGGAAGAUUAAGAUUAGUAAGUAUUUUGCUGAGAGAUUUCAGUAGUAUUAUUGUUGGAUUUCAGAACUGGAAUGUUUCAUGUUAUAUCUUAGGAAUAUGUGGGAAUUAGAAUGUUCUGUAGAUGUCUUUCCUUACUUUUCUGCCCCCAGUUCCAUAUAACUGGGGAUUAUGCAACUAGUCCUUUGGAUUGCAAUGUAGCUUCUUAAAACAAUAGUCUGGUAACCUUUCACUCUAUAUGUUACGUAUGUAAUUAAAAGUUCCUGCCUUAGUCUUGACUGGGGAAAAAGUAGUAAAUAUGAUGUACAUUCUGCAUGUGAAUUCAGAUAACCAGGUCAGUUAACAUGAUAGUCUGAUACUUUAAAGCUUGCUUGUUAAAUAAUCUCUCGUGGAAAAAUUGAAAUGGAAAAGUCCACAUUAAAAUGAAAUGUGAGCUUUGCAAAUCUUGCAGUUUGUUUCUGGAUUGAGUUUUUUCUUUUAAAAACACCCACAGAGUAGUGUUGUCCCCCCUUUCUUUAUCCCACAUACCCCAAGCACACUAUUCAUUUCCUUACUUUAAACCAGUGACAUGACCUGCAGCAAAGAUGAACAUUAAAGAGGAUAAUUUUCCUUUUCUCCUUCACUCCAUUGUGGCAAUUUAAUAUGUCAUUGUGAAGGAUUCCUAGAGAGGUAUUUUUCUCAAGAGUUCUUUAUAGAGAGGAAGUACUUUGUUUUUUUCCCCUAACCCUUAAAUUGGCGCACAUAAUUUACAGAACUGUUAGCCUUUCUAUUUGGUUUACAGAGCAGUUUCAAGUUUUGGUACUAGUUACUUUCCAUAUGCUGUUUUAAAGCUGGGUUUAAAAUUCAUUUUAUGCUUCUUAUUCUAUUGAUACACUUCUUCAUUUUUUAAAUAGUUCAUUAUAUUUAUUUAAGUUUUUACAGAUAAAAAUUGCUUUUGUAAAUUGCUCAGGGGCCUUCAUUAAUGAGCACUGCACAGAGCUUAAAGAUUAAUAGGCAUCAGUGAAAUAAAUCUGCAGAAUCCCUCUAAGAUCUUGCUUUAAAAUAGACUUACUGUAGCAUCAAAUGUCCUUCCAUAUGUGAGGCUUGCUUCUUUCUUAAGGCUGUUCUUCAGUUAACAGCUCUCAGAAAAAUCUUGAUUAUCUCAUGAGUCCAUCUCCCCUGAUAUUAUAUUCAAUAGUCAGAAAACCAUAUGAAAAAAAUUGGAUUGUGAAUUGAUAAUCUAACUCUUAAAUGAUAUUAGACUUAGUUUUGUCUGAUUUCUAGUUUAGUUUGAUGGACAACUUAUGCUGGAGUGGAAACUGAAAAAAAGGACUGUAUCCCUGUUCUGCUAGACUUUCUGGUAGCUUUUGGUACCAUCAGUCAUCCUAUUCUUUGGACUGCCUGGCUAAGCUUGGAUUUGGGGAUCAGGGUGGGCAUGAGGCCUUACUUGAGGACAGGUUUCAGGAAGUGAAAUUCCUGGACUCCUGUUCCUGUACCGGCCAUAGAGAAUUCAUAUCUUAUCCUAUUUUCAUAUCUGUAUGAAGUCAGUGGGAAAAGUUAUCCAAAAGCUUAAAGUGCAGAAUCAUUGGUUUGAGUGUAAAGGAAACAAAACUCAGUUACAUAAAAAGAGGUAGUAGAAAGUUUGAGCCUUGGAGCAAAGAAAGACAAAACUUAGUGAAAAUAAGAUAGAAAUAGCUUUAAUUAAUAAUCUGGGAAUUGGUUUUCAGCUUUUUUAAAGACAUGAUAGCACUCUUUUCAAAAUGUUUCUGGACCUAGCUUUCUUACUUGGAUGGUAAAAUUGCAGUUAUAACAAUUACACAGCUUAGGUUAGUGGGUUCUCACCCUUGACAGAGAAGGAAGAUCUGGCCACUGUUGCAUGUGAUUUGUUCACACCCAGCUUAGCAUAUUAUAAUUUCUGCAUAACACUGUCUUUGAAAAGUGUCUGGAUCUACUGCUGGAACAAAAUACUGCUCCCAUGGUAAUGGUAUUAGCACAGUAUUUGAGAUACUGAUCAGAUACUGCUCAAUUCUGCAUUUGUUUCCAUUUUGUUUCAGAGCCUAGUUCAAAGGAUUGAUUAUUUCCUUCAAGGCCUUAAAUGGUUUCAUGUAAAAAUACCCCAAAUAGGUUUUCCCAUCAACUGGGAUAAGAUAAAUUAAGUUCUAAAGUAAAGCUAAAUUGGUAUAUAUACUGGACAAAGCUGCCUUGGUCGUGGUAAAUAGCUCUGAAACCUAUCUAGAUCUUUAUUCCCUGCUAAAAAUAUAACAGAAAUGUAUUCCCUUGCUUGGGUUGUUGUUGUUCAAUGUCACUUCUGUCUUGUUUUUAUUGCUGCCCAUUUUAUUCUCUAUUGUGCCUUAAAUAAUUUUUUUACAUUCUAUUACUGCAGUGAAACUUCUGAGGCUUUUGGCCAAAAGUGGCACAUACAUUUUGAUACAAAUAAAUAAUAUUAGUAUAAUUUAUUUCAAAACAGAUUUGUAGAGCCUAUAGCCAUGACACUAGUAUUUUAUAUUUUGAAUAGGAAAGGGAAAUACUGCUAAUUAGAGAAUAGGAUAAUGGGUAUGCACAGACCAAAAUGAAUGUGAUGUUGAAGUUCUGUUUAUAUUCACUUAAAACGUCUUUGUAAUAUUCAAUAUCAGGAACUUAUGUUAUUUUUCCAAAGGCAGUUAAUUAGAAUUAUAGUAAUAAAUCCCAUUAGAAAAGUCAUUUAACACUUUUGCCAUGAGCUGUUUUCUGCAUUUAAUAAACAUCUGCUCACCCCAUUAUAUUUGGCCCAGCUGGAGAAGGGAUGUUGGCAAGAGGGGUGGGAAUGUUCACUCCCUUCUUCCGUACCACGUGCCUAAUAUUCAACUACUUACUCCUUGGCUGCUUUGAAAUGCACACAUGCAAAACAUUAGAAGUUUGAAUUUUACACAUAUCAUUGGACCCUUUGGCCAACUUCUUGAAGUAGUGAAUGUACUUUAGAGCUGAAUUACUACUACUUUAGGUGAAGGUUCAUCUGUUUCCCAAUGUGCAGAAACAAAAAAGCACUAUAGAAAACUAGCAGUUGGGGGUAAAGUUCUGUUGUCAUUUUUUCAUUAACCUUCUAGUUUUCUAUGCAGAAGAGCCUUAAUUUUCCUUUAAACCAUUGAAUGUGGUCCAGUGGUUGCUUUGAACAGUUGAAUGUGGUUUACUAUGUGGAUGAGAUUAUCAGAAGUUUGGGAAACACUCCAAAAAAGUCUGUUUCUUACUACUUGUUACACUGCAAAACAGCCACUCCUCCCUCCCAACAAAUUUAAUAUGAAAAAUUGUGAGUGCUAUGUUUAUUAAGACUCUAAGUAUUAAUUUUCAGUAUCAGUUAUAUGCUGAAUGCAUCUUGAAAAUAAACCAGUGUUACUGCACUUGCACUGUUUCCAGAAGAAGGGUGGCGUGGGAUGGGUGGAAGUCCUAGUGUCAUUCUGAUUUCUCCCCCUUCCCUAUACCCUCCCCCUCGCCUGCCUACUGCAUAGGGCCUAUUUUCUGCCCCUGACAGUUUCUGCCUAACAAAUGGUGUUUCUUUUUUACAGCAUAAUGAUCCGGGACUUGUUGUGGUGAUGGUAAACUUAGUGGUAGAACAGAUCCCAUCCCUAUCGUUGUCAAAUAUGAUGUCAUGGGCAUGGGGCGGAUGGAAAUGGAGCUUGAUUAUGCUGAAGAUGCCACAGAAAGGAGGCGGGUCUUGGAAGUGGAGAAGGAAGAUACUGAAGAACUGAGGCAAAAAUACAAGGAUUAUGUGGACAAAGAAAAGGCAAUUGCCAAGGCACUGGAAGACCUUCGAGCUAAUUUUUACUGUGAGCUCUGUGACAAGCAGUAUCAGAAACACCAGGAGUUUGACAACCACAUAAAUUCCUAUGACCAUGCUCACAAGCAGAGAUUAAAAGAUCUCAAGCAAAGAGAAUUUGCUCGCAACGUUUCCUCAAGAUCCCGGAAAGAUGAGAGGAAACAGGAGAAAGCUCUUCGACGUCUCCAUGAGCUGGCUGAGCAGAGGAAGCAGCCUGAAUGUGCUCCAGGAAGUGGGCCGAUGUUUAGAACCACCAUUGUGGCAGUAGAUGAGGAAGGAGGAGAGGAGGAUGUGGAUUCAAUAUUUCCUGGAAGUUGCUCCUCCUCCUCACCAGGUUCUGGGCAAGCUACCAAUAUUACCAUGGAUAAGGGUAUAACUUAUGGCAGUGGGCAAAUCAGUAGCAGUACUGGACUUGGUCAGGUUCCUGUCCAGAUAUCACAAGCUGUCGGCCUGGGAAUUAAUAAAACAGGUGUGUCUUUCUCAUUUGCCAAAAAGGCCCCUGUAAAGCUAGAAUCAAUUGCCUCUGUAUUCAAAGACCAUGUGGAUGAAUCCAGUUCUCCUGAUGAUGAAGUCAAAACUGAUGAAAGAGCUCAUUCAGAUUCUGGAACUUUGGGAAAAAUUGGGGAAAUUGAGGGGACAAACAGCCCUGACAGCAAGGGAGAUGAAGAUGAGCAAACACAUGAGAAAGAUACCACAUUAUCAAAGCUUAAAAAGAUGAAACGGGAUGAUGGGCCAGUGGCAGUAGAACCAGAGUAUUAUCACUACAUUCCUCCUGCACAUUGUAAGGUGAAGCCCAACUUCCAGUUUUUGCUGUUUAUGAAGGCAACGGACCAAGUAGAAGCAGAAGCUGCAAGCAAAAAAAUAACCCGUGAAAGGAAACAAAGCAAUUCCCCCAAACUCAAAGUGGCAAAAAGUGAUGAGAAAGAGACAGCAGCAGAAUGUGUGAUCAGUCAGAAGGAGCAGAGUCCUGCCAACCAAAGCAACAAAAUGGAAGAUAAGGACAUUUUGGAGGAAGUAGGCAAGCAAGCAGGAAAACUACCUAAGGGAAAUGAUCCUGCAGACUCAGAUGUCAUUAAAGAGAUUCCUCAGCCUGCAGGAACUAGUAAAGAAACCACAGAUGGACCUAAACAUUUAACUGGGCCCUUCUUCCCUGUUCUGAGUAAGGAUGAGAGCACCACCCUCCAGUGGCCUUCAGAACUGUUGAUCUUCACCAGAGCAGAACCUUCUGUGUCAUACAGCUGCAAUCCCUUGUAUUUUGAUUUUAAGCUGUCUCGUAACAAAGACACUAAAAUGAAAGGAACAGAAAAACAGAAAGGUGCAAUAAACCUUUCUAAGGAGAAAAUACAGUCUGCCGAAGAUAGUGAUACAAGCAAGAGCAAAGAGAUGGACCUUCUAGCUGGCAGUUCAACUGCAGUGCCAGAAAGCAAGUCGUUGGUAGUGUGUGGCAAGCAGGAAGUCAGCCCUGUAAGAACUGGCAAAAGUGAAAGUCUGGAAGACAGCAGCAGAGGCAAUCUUAUUAGUCGCAAGGACAAAAUGGGGAAGUCCCACAAACACAAAAAGAAGAAGAAGCACAAAAAAUCCACCAAACGUAAACACAGGCGCAAAUGUGAGGCAGAGGAGAAAAGCAGAGAAGGGGACUUAGCAGAAGAUAAAUCCAAGAAACAGAAGAAACACAAACACAAAAAGAACAAGUUUUCUUUUCCCACUGAGGCUGAGCGGAUGCAAAGGACUGAGGAUACUGGCUAUUCUAAAAAAAGAAAGUGGUGUGUGCAAGACUCUCAGAGGAAGUCUCUUUCUACUGAAGAAAGUAGUAAGAAAGAAGACAGUGGAACCUCUUCCCAAGAUCAUGGCAACAAAAAAAUCAAAGGGGACUUGCAGCAGACUUUGUCUGCAAGCAAAAGGCGACCUUCCACCUCCACUUCAGUUCACCCCAGUCAUCGAGGCCAACAGAGCAGCGGUGGCUAUGAGAGUGAUGGAGACUCCUCCUGCCACAAGCACUUCAGACAGAAGUCAGCAUCACAGUAUAGUGAUGAUUAUGACUCUGGCAGUGACUGUUCACGAAGCCGCUCCCGGUCAGGACAUAGACACUCCUCAAGAAGAUCAUCUCAGAGAUCCUAUUCAUCAACUUCAUAUGCUUCCUCUGACAAUAGUCGGUACAGCCGGCGACAUAGCUAUUCAGAAGACAGCUAUAGUGAUUACAGUGACCGGUCACGAAGUCGUACUAAGCACUCCCAUGACUCAGAGGAUGAAUCAGAUUAUGCCAGUUCCAAGCGCAGGUCAAAGAGGCGCAAGUACUCCUCUUCAGAAGAUGACUAUAGUCUGAGCAGAAGCAGGUCCCGGAGCAGGAGCAGAAGUCGAACUCACACCAGAGGGAGGUCAAGGACUAGAAGUCGAGGAAGGACGCGCAGCAGUAGCUGUAGCCACAGUCGAAGUAAGCGGCGGAGCCGGAGCCGAACAGGACAUAGCUGGAAACGGAGUAGAAGCUACAGCCGGGAACGCAGUCGGAGCACCAGAAGCCUUUCACAGAGAUCUCUCUCACGGAAGGGAUCGCGUGGUCAUGAAAGCCCUGGUGAGAGAAGAUCUGGCCGACGUGAUUUCAUCCGGUCCAAGAUCUAUCGCUCACAGUCUCCUCAUUAUUUCAAAGCCAGACAAGGUGAAGGGUCUGCAAGAAAGGAAGAAGCAAGAGGAGAUGAAGCUACAGGAGCCUCCAGUCUCCCUCAAAAUAGCAGCAGCUCUAACUUUGGGAAUAACUGUAACUCUGAGGAGAAAAAUUCUGCCACAGCUAAACUCCUUCUGGAAAAAAUCCAGUGUAGAAAAGUUGAGAAGAAAUCUAGCAGCAAUGAUGAUUCCAUUGCAGGAUCUCACAAGGUUGGAAUUAAGCUGAAAGAUCCACCACAGGGCUAUUUUGGCCCGAAGCUUCCUCCCUCAUUAGGCAAUAAGCCUGUUCUUCCAUUAAUUGGAAAACUUCCUGCAGUUAGAAAACCAAGCACCAAGCAGUGUGAGGAGUCUGGUUUAGAAAGAGGAGAAGAACUGGAACUAUCAGAGCUGGAUGAAGCAACUCACGAGAGUGGGGACACUGUUUCAGCAAGCCAGGCUCAAGUGGAGGAAACCAUGGUGACUGGAAUACAGGACAAUGCUUCAGGUGAUCAGAACCCAGAAGAAGUAGCCACAAAGCUGGCUCCUGUUCCUCUUGAGCCCCCACUGCUCCCAGAGCGGUAUGGAUCUGGUGACUUGGUGGUGCCGCACAACUUCCUCCCUGAUCCCAAUGAAAGUGAAGCUUUAGAGCCUCUUGACAGCGGGAACCAACCUGUCUCUAUAGAAGGAAGGAUGGUACCUUUAGUCCCAGAUGUUGAGCAUUUCCCUAGCUAUGUAGCACAGAGUGGGGAGCCCAGCAUCAGUGGGGAGCCUGAGGGCACUGAGGACUCUUCCCUGGCGCCUCUGGAGAGCCAGCCCAUCACCUUCACCCCAGAAGAGAUGGAGAAAUAUAGCAAGCUCCAGCAAGCAGCCCAGCAGCAUAUUCAGCAACAGCUCCUUGCCAAGCAGGUCAAGGCCUUUCCAGCCUCAGCUGCCCUAGCUCCCGCCACAGCCCCUGCCUUGCAGCCCAUCCACAUCCAGCAGCCUGCAGCAGCUGCAGCCACCUCCAUUACCACUGUGCAGCAUGCCAUCCUGCAGCAUCAUGCAGCAGCAGCAGCUGCAGCCAUUGGAAUCCACCCUCACCCUCACCCCCAGCCUCUUGCUCAAGUGCAUCAUAUUCCCCAGCCCCACUUGACCCCCAUCUCAUUGUCCCACUUAACUCACUCAAUCAUCCCUGGGCACCCUGCUACAUUCCUGGCCAGCCACCCCAUCCAUAUCAUCCCUGCUUCUGCCAUCCACCCAGGUCCUUUCACUUUUCAUCCUGUCCCCCAUGCUGCCCUCUAUCCAACUCUCUUAGCACCCCGACCAGCAACAGCUGCUGCCACAGCAUUACACCUCCAUCCCCUUCUGCACCCCAUUUUCUCAGGGCAGGAUUUGCAGCACCCUCCCAGUCAUGGCACAUGAAGAAGUGAGAAAGAUGCGGCCUCUUUUGGGGAGAGGACAGGGGCAUAUGUCUCUGUGUGCAUUGGUGUUUUGUACAGACUGUGAAGGCCAUGACUGACACCGCCUGUGAAUAGUGAAAUGGGAGAACUGGGCAUGGAAAGGGGAACUGAAUGUAACAUAUCUGUGGAAAGGGGAAAAAUGUUGCUGGAGAUCUGCUUGUCAGUAUUUUCAGGGUCCUGUGCACCCAGGGAGGUGACUUACUCACAUCUAUAUGAAUGUGAAGUUCUUCAGCGGUUAUGCCUCUCUUAAUUGCUGAUGCUUGUGUUUUUAAAUUGUUUUCUCUCCACUCUGAAACCCUGAGUGAGUAAUAUCUAAAUUAUUUGCC